AUGCCGGGCCACCCUACCUGGAACCUUCCAAACUGGGACCUGAGAGAGAGAGAAGAUAAUGGAAAUCGGCAAUUGAGGGCCUGCCAGACACCAGGCCCACUGGGACCUACUCGAACAGGUAGUCCCGUGUCUUCAGAUGUGGAAUGGGACGAAGAUAUCGACAUGGAUUUUGAGAGCGGUAAUGAUGACACGGCUGCUGAGGACAUCAACGGAGAUUCAACCGAAGAUCUCGUCCACGAUCAAGCUCAGAGCGAACCGAGUAGUUGGAAUAUGGCACGUUUUCUACUCAACCAGGAGCGAGAUAGAUUUUGUCUAUGGCGAUUCGGCUUCUCCGAAUCGGAGCUAGAUCAGUUAGUGAAGGGUUCUGACGGUGGCGGUACGCAGACCAACGUAUUCGGAAUCGCCAUGCUGCAAUCAGUGGUACACAUUGGCAAGGCGCUACAUGAUCAGACUCGAAUUGCUCAGGGAGCCGAUGAAAAUAGCUGUUACCAUGGUUUGGACCUCGAGAUAAAAAAGGCGCAGCAACUGAUUCAAGGAGCAUGUGGCAAUGUCUCUUCGUGUCUUUCCUCAACCCCUGACGUUUCAGAACGAGGCAGCACAACAUACUCGUUUGCUGUGACUAUUGGAGACGAUGACGAGCCAAAAGAUUUGUACUCCAUCAUAAAAUCCAACAUUGUCACUCUGCAGGAGCUAAAUGCUUCUUUGCUAAACACUUUGAACGACAUGACUCCAGAGGUGAGGAAACAGUCCGAGCCCCAUGCUGACUCUUGUGUGUCUGAUAUCGAAUGA